GAAUUGACAAAUCGCUAAUUUAUCCACCACGAGACCGUAUAAAACAAAUGAACGUGACAUUUUUAUAUUUAAAGUCUUUAGAGGACAAAUUGACAUUUGAUAAAAACGCUUUUCAUUUCGUACAUUUGAGAUAUUUGAAUUUAGAUUUACCUAAAGCGAAUUGGACAAUUUUAAUAAAUAAACUUUUAAAGGUUUUGAAAAAACCUAGUGAUGGUGACGAUGGUUAUAUUGAAAUUUGUGAAUGGGAUUUAGUAACUUUUAAUAGUGGACCUGUUACCAAAACAUUAUUUAAAUUUGGUAUUGAGCCAAUUAUAAGCGAAACACUUGAACAGAUAUUAAGAGAAAAAACAGACCAUCUAACAGAUAUAACAGUCCAAAAAAAAUAUUUUCCAAUUGGUAGUUGGCCAAGAGUUAAAGCAAGAAGACGACAACCAUCCUUCUCAAUAAAUUUUGAUAGCAACAACAACAGCAACAGCAGAUUAAAAAGAAUUGGUAAUUUAAAAUUGAAAGAAUUAUUGAAAUUAUUAAAUAAUCUCAAACCACAUUUAUUAAAUUGUAUGGGAAUAAAUGAUAAAGAAUUUGAUGACAUGAUAAAAAGUUUUAUUAAAGAAGUUGAUAUUCAUAAAACUUUUGGUCAAGAAAUUAGAAUUUAUGCUAGGAAAACCUAA